AUGGCCGACAGACGGACUUUACUGUUGGCUUCACCCUGGGAACUAGAGACUGAGGGGGUCAGAGAACUCCGAGACAAGAUUAAGUAUCAUGUCCCCUCUGUUUACUUCUUGUUUAGAUCACGACUGACCCUCAUUCUCAGUGAGCUCAAUUCCAGCGUUCCUCUGAGUAAUAUCGAAUACGAUCGGGACGGCCAUCUCCUAGUCCUCAGUGGUCAAUUCGAUGGGGAUUUUGAGAUUCAAGUCACUUCCCUGUUCCAGAAUUACAUUGAAGAGCAUCGUCACGAUGAUUUGCUUGAGAUACCGAGAAUUGGUCUCUCUCCGAUCGCGUCAUCUUCCCCCCCACAGGAUUUAUAUGCGGGAAGUCUGGUGGAUGCCAUGAUAUCAAAACCAACCGCUGAUGAACCCAUUACCACGCCCUGGUUUCCCAACCGGGAAAGCAUCGGCCCCAUUUCCUCUGAUUUUAGACCCCUGUUCGUCCGCGUUUCUGAAAUGACAGAGACCACAAUCACGGCGGGAAAAGAGGGGGGUCUUUAUGUUUCUGCGCGCCAACAGGAAAACAACGAUAACGCAAUUCAGCUACUCACGUCUCUUGAUAAAUGCUUUGACUAUAUCGAAAGCCCCAAUCUAGGGCUGAUCAUCUCGACUCCGGACAAGGAUAGCGCUACUUUUCGCAUCAUGCCCUAUUCAAAGAUCAGCGAAACGGCCGUGUGGCGAAUCUUGAUUGGGCGAUGUACUUCUGUUUCUCUCCGAGAAAUAAUGACUCUGGUAGUCUGUCAAUUUGACGACCAUACUAAUGAGUUCCGUCCAAUCCACAAAAUUCGUCUACCACAAUCUGUGAACCCAAGCCCCGAGGCGAGCAGUACUAAAGACUGGAAAUACUAUCAAUUUCCAGAGAUUAGUCGAGGAAGAAAUGUGAUUCUUGAGGAUAUUGACCAGCAUCUCGCACCCGAAGUUAAAAACUCUGAUCGGAAAAGCGAUGCUCAAUCGGCUGGACAAGCAAGAAGCGUUGACAACUGGAUCUCCACUGAUGUCUUUCAACGUAAUUUGCUUACUGUGGAUGAUCGACAAGGGUCACCGACGCAGAGCCCUGCCUCCCGAGAACCUGCUAUGCCCAAGCCUCCACCUGGAGGAUCCAGCAAUUCCACGCGAUGGAGCCAGGGACCGUCGGACCUCUCCAUGUCUACGAGUGGAACACGCUAUCUGGUAGUUGAACCGGAUGGAAGACAAGUACCUUUUCAUCAGGCUCGACGAGAAGGGGUCAUGCGCAUGAAGAAAAUCUCUCGUCUUUCAAAACUCACCAAUCUUUCUGCAUCAUAUCAUACCGAUCGAGAAUUGAAACAACCAACCAGCAUCCUUCGCAGUGAAAAUGACUCCAAACAGCAACAGAGUCCUUCAGGCAGACCUUCUGUAGCUUUCUCUACAUCUCCUCAAACACAAGAGCUGGCUGACACACCUGACGUAUCAACUCAUCGUCCUCGCCUGUCUCGCCCUCUUCCUCCUGCAGCCGAUAGGACGCAAAUAGUACCUCAAGGUGGAAGAACCGUUGAUUCAGUGAUCGAGGAGCUCAAAGAAAUGAUGGAGAUAUCCAAGAACCGCAGCAAAAAGAGCAACAUCUCACGCAGGCAAAGUACAACCCAAACACAGCCAGGCAUUAGACCCAGGCGGUUAGAGACUAUUGCAGAAGAAAAUGCGAAUCCCAAUCCGCUGUCCAAUCUUGAUUGUGAAAUAAACAAUCCCACUAGUGAUCUUCAGCUACUUUCUCGGUUUAAACCGCUUGUGCCAGCCCCCGGAAAUGUUCCAGGGAAAUCUGUCAACACUCGUCAUGACCAACGUCAGAUAGGAAAGGCCCUCACUCGUAAUGAAGCCGAUUAUAUCCUUGAUCAGCCCAAUGAGGAGAAUUCAACUCUCCAAUCUUACUCUGCUCAAAGCGAUGCUCCUUCACCUCAAGGAAUCCCAAAUUCGAGUGUCCUCCAUUCAUCGACUCUGACCUCGCUUGCCAGUGAGCCUGCUUGUAUGGACCUCGCUGCAAAUUCAUCUUUAGGACCAGGUCAGGCUAUUUUUGACUAUGUGCAUGAGAGCCAUGACACGACAAGCGAAGAUUCGCAUCACCAGGGACAAGGAUCCACUGAGAAAUUCAAAAAAGUUGCCAUGGAAUAUCUACACCGUCAUAUUGAGGAGAGUCUUGGCCACAAAGAGGGUCUUCACCAAGGAAUUUCCGACACUGGGCAAAGCGCGCCAGACUCUAGUGGUAGUUAUGGUGACAUUGCAGCUAGAGGUCUAUCUACUAGCUUGCUUGGCAGCGCUCUGCCCAGUGUUCAACGAGGGCAAUCCUCUCCCAAACGUGAAGGGAAUGUGCCUAUUCUUCGUGAAGAUCUCAUUGAUAUCUCACUCCAAAGUGUCUCUUCUCACUUAGCUCGGGGCUAUUCACAACAAUCCAGUUUCAAAAAUGAGAACCAAGUUGCGACGCCAGAUAUUCAAGAGGAACUGGCUGCAACAGAGGAAGUCCAAACCCGGAAAUUGCACAAGACAAUGUUCCAUCAACGACCUUGUGAAAGAGGCUCUCGUUUCUUGGAUCCAGAGUAUGGGACAGAAAGUAACGGGAAGUCUCAAGCCACUGAUCUUGACCUCGCAACGGGAAGAACCAAAACGGUUCCUGCUACACCCUGGAAGAGAAGGAUUGACACCAUCACUGCUAGCUACUGGAAGCAAAAGGUACAUUCCAAGCCAACUGAGACCAAGCCAACUGAGCAACAGAGUCAGAAAAGCACCGAUUUACCCACGGAAGCAGCCGCCAAAUCUUCAAAGAAGAAGAAACCCAUUCUGAAUUCAUCAAUCGAUCUCUUUCAUUUCUUGAGGCCAGUUCUUGAUGCAGCUCGCAGCUUUCCUGGUACUUUGAGUCUGGAAAUCCAAUUCGGUCUCAUGUUCAUACCCAGCCUGCCAUAUUCGACGCGAACAAGGGAGAUGAGCUACAGGGAAGUUCAGCAAAUAUUUUCCCCUGACCAUGCCUUGCCACCACCUUCAGUCUCGAUGUUUGAGCGCAUAACAGCUGCUGCUGUGGAUAUUGAUUAUCUGAUAGAUCUAAAGGUCAACCAACGGCGUCUGUUUGAAUCAGACUACAGCGACAGAGGCAUCAAAUACGAGUUUUGGUGUGUCGACGAUUCCAAUAAUUCCUUUGUCAUCUCAGUUAGUGAGCAUGGACAUGCUUUAGUUCAUUAUCCUGAAGUCUCCCUGGGUACGGUCCACUUGAGUUUCCCUUCGCAAAUCUGGGAUGCCGCCGCCAGGGUACGAGGCUUUCUUGAACACACUACUGGUAUUGAUCUGGAACUUGACGAAGCUGUACAGGCCAUGGUAAACAGCAUCUACGUUGAACCAAACAAUGAACAACUUCGAAUGCUCGUCCGUUUCCCUCUCACCUCGAAGAUCAAAAUUGAUCAAGUUAUCAUGAAACGGUGGAGCCGUCACCCUUACCUUUCAAACAGGAGCAAGGACUUGUUUCUACACAUCAUCGAAUUCCAAGAGCUCUCGGUUAUUCCCUCUAUUCUAGACCCAGGGAUAAUGGUAGUUCGGAAUGCCCCGAUCGAGCAAAUGGUGAAGGAUGGGAAGCAGUGGUGGCAAGCUUCAAUCGGCAGCAGCAAAAUUGAGGAGAUUAUCGGAACAAACGAGGCCAUCAGACCAGGCGAAUGCAACAAAUCCUGGUAUCCACCAGACCUGCUCGGUACAAACAUCGGGGCCUAUGCUGUUCGUACUGAGGAUCAAGAUCUGAGUCCCCAGGGCGCCGAAGUCGGUAGUUCGGGCAUUGGGGAGAUGUUCCAACUCGCCAAAACCGUUGUCGAGAACAUCGAUGCCAUUGGCUUUUGGAACAAAGGUCCCGCUUAUGUCUCCGCUGAUAGCUCUUCUGUCGGGCGCAUUAGUUCAUCGAAGUCCCUCAGCACAGUUGAUCUGAGCACCACACUCCAGGAGCAGCCCACUGACUCGAGUGACCUAGCGUUGGUGCCUUGGGGUGCGCCGGUCAGGAUAAAUACCAAGCGCAAGUGGUAA